AAUUAAAUUGAGAAAAAAACUGCUGGAAGAUUUGUCGAAAUCUCGUAUCUUUGUUCGUUCUAUUUUGUAAUUCUGAGCUUCGUCUUUCUCCUUAUUUUCACCUGAAAUUCUUCAUCUCACUGUCACUUCCUUCUCUCUCUUUUAGAUUUUUCAUUUUAUUUUUUUAACAAACUAUUUGAUUAGCUUCGAAGAUUCUUUGUUUUCCACGAUUCGGCAUUGUACAUAGAGAGAGAGAGAGAGAGAUCGAUUCAAUUUGAAACCAAAAAAAAAAAGUAUUUUGGUAAAAUUUCCUGAACUUUUUUGGGGUUGGCGUUGUGAUUACGACUUGCGUUGUUUCCAAAAUUGGAUUAUAGAGAGGAGAAUAAUUCUGGGAAUUGGGUCUUUAUCAUGAUGCUCUUGUAAUUUUGCAAAAUUUGUCUACUUUUUGGGCUUAGGGGGGGUGAAAAAAAAAUUAGGGUUUGUGAGGUGAAUUUAGAGGGGGGAAGAAAGGGAUCUGGGGUUUAGGUCAACGGAAUUGGAGCAGUCGAGAAUGAUCUCUUUGUUGGUUUACUAAAUCCGACGGUUUGGAUCUGAUCGCGGGAGAGACAGCGCCACCGGAUGGCGCUGUUCCGUCGCUUCUUCUACAAGAAGCCUCCGGAUCGCCUUCUCGAGAUCUCGGAGCGUGUUUAUGUUUUUGACUGCUGUUUCUCUAGCGAUGUUAUGGGGGAGGAUGAGUACAAAGUAUACUUGGGUGGCAUCGUGGCGCAGCUUCAGGAUCAUUUCCCAGAAGCAUCUUUCAUGGUGUUUAAUUUUAGAGAAGGGGAACAACGAAGUCAAAUAUCAGACGUGUUGUCUCAAUACGAUAUGACUGUAAUGGAUUAUCCACGGCAGUAUGAGAGUUGCCCGCUUUUACCUCUCGAAAUGAUCCAUCACUUCCUACGAUCGAGUGAAAGCUGGUUAUCGUUGGAAGGUCAACAAAAUGUUCUCUUGAUGCAUUGUGAAAGAGGUGGUUGGCCUGUUCUUGCCUUCAUGUUAUCGGGGCUUUUAUUGUACAGAAAACAGUAUCAUGGUGAGCAGAAGACUCUUGAGAUGGUACACAAACAGGCUCCUAAGGAGCUUCUUCAUCUAUUGUCGCCUCUAAACCCACACCCUUCUCAACUCAGAUAUCUUCAGUACAUUUCUAGGAGAAAUUUAGGCUCUGACUGGCCUCCUUCAGACACGCCUCUUCUUUUGGAUUGCUUGAUUCUCAGAGAUCUCCCACAUUUUGAAGAGAGAAAAGGUUGCAGACCAAUUCUACGCGUUUAUGGCCAGGAUCCUAAAGCCCGAACCAACAGGAGUUCCAUACUUCUCUUCUCCACAUUAAAGACAAAGAAACACACUCGUCUCUACCAACAGGAAGAGUGUAUCCUGGUAAAAUUAGAUAUACAGUGCCGCGUUCAAGGGGAUGUUGUUCUGGAAUGUAUACAUUUGCAUGAUGAUUUUGUGACUGAGGAGAUUGUCUUUAGAAUCAUGUUCCACACGGCAUUUGUGCGUGCUAAUAUUUUAAUGGUCCACCGCGAUGAGAUGGAUAUACUUUGGGAUGCAAAGGACCAGUUCCCAAAAGAAUUUAAGGCAGAGGUACUUUUCUCUGGCGCUGAUGCCGUGGUGCCUACUAUCACAACUUCUACAAUAUCAGAAGAAGAGAGCGAUUUUGAUAUGGCUUCACCCGAAGAAUUUUUUGAGGUCGAGGAGAUAUUUAGCGAUGUGAUUGAUGGACCUGACCAUAAGAAAGAUUCGGAUAGUUUUGUGGUUGUUGAUACUGCUUCAGAUGAUUCUGAGGGCAAAGAAGUGUGGAAGGGGGACGUGGAUCCCAAUGCGUUUCUAGAUUUUGCAUCAGUUGCAUCAGAUGAUUCUAAUCAUAAACAUGAUAUGCAUGCAGAGACUAGCACGGAUCCGGUUAAAGAUAUCACUGUUGAUGAUGUACAGUAUAGGUCGGAUGGGAAGGCAGAUUCUAAUAUUGACUCAGUGAAGGAUAUAGGAAUAGAUGAUGGUGAUGAGCAGCGAAAGAGAAGGAUCAUGGAAGCGAAGGAAAAUGAUUCUAGCACAGCAGAGACUCAACGCAAAGGUUAUGCAGAAGGCAAUGGUUCCCAGGUUGAUUUAGAAGAACCUAAGGAAAAUGAUUCUAGAACAUCAGAGACUCAACGCAAAGGAGAAGUCAAUGGUUCCCAGGAUGAAGAACUUAAAGAAAAAGAUUCUAGAACAGCAGAGACUCAACGCAAAGGAGAAGGCAAUGGUUCCCAGGAUGAUUUAGAAGAACCUAAAGAAAAUGAUUCUAGAACAGCAGAGACUCAACGCAAAGGUGAUGGAGAAGGCAAUGGUUCCCAGGAUGAUUUAGAAGAACCUACGACUCAGAAAACCAGUUCAAAUCUCAACAAACCCAUAUCCGAAAAAACACAAGCUACACCAAGGAAACAGGUCGGAGCAAAUGCAAAGGUGGCUGGAGAUUCACUUAAACCGAAGUCUAAGCAGCAAGAAACACAGGGUCAGAACGUAAGAAUGGCUAAGCCUAACGCAGUUUCUCGAUGGAUUCCUUCAAAUAAGGGCUCAUAUAAAGAUUCUAUGCAUGUGGCGUAUCCCCCAACAAGAAUUAACAGUGCCCCUGCUUCAAUUACUACUUCUCUCAAGGAUGGCAAAAGAGCUACAUCACCUGAUGGUGUGAUUCCAAAGGAUGCUAAGACUAAAUAUCUGCGAGCGUCUGUUUCUUCACCGGAUAUGAGUAGUCGAGCUCCAAUUUGCUCAUCACCAGAGUCUAGCCCAAAGGAAAAGCCGUCUUCUCUACCUAUUGCCUCUCCCCAUCAAUCUUCUCUAAGCUGUGACGCCACUUUAUCAGUUUUACCCUCUAUAACUAGUGAGGCCACUACAUCAGUUUUACCCUCUACGCAAGCAAUUGCAUCACCGCCUCUACCUCCUCCACCUCCACCACUGCCUAAUUAUUCUUCACAGAACCAAAAUGACAGAUACUCUCAAACAUCUGAGAGACCAAACAGUGGAACCGUGUUGCCUCCACCACCACCAUCCCCACCUUGGAAGUCUGUGUAUGCUUCAGCUUUGGCAACUCCUGCAACAUGUUCUACUUCUCAACUUCCUACCUCUUCACCGCCUCCUCCGCCGCCUCCGCCUUCAUAUUAUUCAGUAGGCCAAAAGAGCAGCGACACUGAAGCAAAUCAGCUCCGAUCAACACCGCCGCCUCCGCCUGCAUACUAUUCAGUAGGUCAAAAGAGCAGCGACACUCAAGCAAAUCAGCUCCGAUCAACACCGCCGCCUCCGCCUUCAUACUAUUCAGCAGGCCAAAAGAGCAGCGACACUCAAGCAUAUCAGCUCUCAUCACCGCCGCCUCCGCCUGCACACUAUUCAGUAGGCCAAAAGAGCAGCGACUCUCAAGCAUAUCAGCUCCCAUCAAAACCGCCUCCUCCCCCGCCUCCGCCUGCAUACUAUUCAGUAGGCCAAAAGAGCAGCGACUCUCAAGCAUAUCAGCUCCCAUCAACACCGCCUCCUCCGCCACCGCCCCCGUUUGCAUCUGUGAGGCGAAACAGUGAAACUUUGUCACCUCCACCGCCGCCUCCCCCACCUUGGAAGUCCGUGUAUGCUUCGUCUUUCGAAACUCGUGAACUGUGCUCCACAUCGUCCCCUUCUAAACCACCACCACCACCUCCUCCUCCCUUUAGUUCAUUAAAUACAACAAUAGCAAAUGGAGAUCACAUUCCCCCGCCUCCCCCUCUUCCUUAUACAAGUGUUGCACCUUCACCCAAGGUCCCACCUAGUAAAACAGCUCCACAGCCCCCACCUCCUCCUCCUUUUNUGCCUCCGCCUUCAUAUUAUUCAGUAGGCCAAAAGAGCAGCGACACUCAAGCAAAUCAGCUCCGAUCAACACCGCUUCUGCCUGCAUACUAUUCAGUAGGUCAAAAGAGCAGCGACACUCAAGCAAAUCAGCUCCGAUCAACACCGCCUCCUCCGCCUUCAUACUAUUCAGCAGGCCAAAAGAGCAGCGACACUCAAGCAUAUCAGCUCUCAUCACCGCCGCCUCCGCCUGCACACUAUUCAGUAGGCCAAAAGAGCAGCGACUCUCAAGCAUAUCAGCUCCCAUCAAAACCGCCUCCUCCCCCGCCUCCGCCUGCAUACUAUUCAGUAGGCCAAAAGAGCAGCGACUCUCAAGCAUAUCAGCUCCCAUCAACACCGCCUCCUCCGCCACCGCCCCCGUUUGCAUCUGUGAGGCGAAACAGUGAAACUUUGUCACCUCCACCGCCGCCUCCCCCACCUUGGAAGUCCGUGUAUGCUUCGUCUUUCGAAACUCGUGAACUGUGCUCCACAUCGUCCCCUUCUAAACCACCACCACCACCUCCUCCUCCCUUUAGUUCAUUAAAUACAACAAUAGCAAAUGGAGAUCACAUUCCCCCGCCUCCCCCUCUUCCUUAUACAAGUGUUGCACCUUCACCCAAGGUCCCACCUAGUAAAACAGCUCCACAGCCCCCACCUCCUCCUCCUUUUAGCAAUUUGCGUUCAAUCCCUCAACCUCCGCCACCUCCUUUUAGGAAUGCACAUUCAGUACCUCCCCCGCCCCCUCUGCCUACAAGUAAUGGAACUCCUCCUCCUCCACCGCCACCUCCGUUUAGAUCUGGGGGACCUCCGCCACCACCGCCACCUCCGUUUAGAUCUGGGGAACCUCCGCCACCACCGCCACCUCCGUUUAGAUCUGGGGGACCUCCGCCACCACCUCCCCCGAUGCCUGGAGGAGCCCCACCGCCUCCGCCUCCUCCGAUGCGUGGAGGAGCUCCACCGCCGCCGCCUCCUCCUGGUGGUCGUGGUCCUGGUCCACCUCCUCCUCCGCCUCCUGGUGGUCGUGCUCCUGGUCCACCUCCGCCUCCUGGACCAAGACCUCCGGGUGGUGGACCUCCUCCGCCUCCAAUGCUUGGUGGUAGGGGAGCUGCAGUUGAUCCUAGGGGAGCAGGAAGAGGACGUGGUCUUCCACGCCCAGGUUUUGGGUCUGCAGCUCAGAAAAAGUCUUCCCUGAAGCCAUUACAUUGGGUUAAAGUAACAAGGGCUUUGCAGGGGAGCUUAUGGGAUGAGCUACAGAGACAUGGAGAAUCGCAAACUCCAUCAGAAUUUGAUGUAUCAGAAAUAGAGACCCUUUUCUCUGCUACAGUGUCAAAGCCAGCUGACAAAUCUGGGAGUCGACGAAAAUCUGUUGGGGCAAAACCUGAAAAAGUUCAACUGAUUGACCUUAGGAGAGCCAAUAACACGGAAAUUAUGCUUACGAAAGUGAAGAUGCCUUUGCCUGAUAUGAUGGCUGCAGUUCUGGCAAUGGAUGAGUCUGUAUUAGAUGUUGAUCAAAUAGAUAAUCUUAUAAAAUUUUGCCCAACCAAGGAGGAGAUGGAGCUUCUUAAGAACUACACUGGUGACAAGACGACCUUGGGAAAGUGUGAGCAGUACUUCCUAGAGCUGAUGAAGGUGCCACGAGUGGAAGCAAAGCUUAGAGUAUUUUCUUUCAAGAUUCAAUUCGGCACUCAGAUAAUAGAAUUUAAAAAAAGUUUAAAUGCGGUAAAUUCUGCAUGCGAGGAGGUCCGUAAUUCCCAAAAGCUAAAAGAAAUUAUGAAAAAGAUUCUUUACCUGGGGAACACACUGAACCAAGGAACCGCAAGGGGCGCUGCUGUUGGAUUCAAGUUGGACAGUUUAUUGAAAUUAAGCGAUACACGUGCUGCGAACAGCAAGAUGACCCUCAUGCAUUAUCUUUGCAAGGUCCUUGCUUCCAAGGCAUCAGUUCUACUGGACUUCCACAAGGAUCUUGAAAGUCUUGAAUCAGCCUCAAAGAUACAACUGAAGUCUCUGGCUGAGGAAAUGCAAGCCAUAAUCAAAGGGUUAGAAAAAUUGAACCAGGAGCUCACUGCAUCCGAAAGUGAUGGUCCUGUCUCUGAAGUUUUCCGUAAAACAUUGAGGGACUUCAUAUCCAUUGCCGAGACUGAAGUGGCAACUGUAUCGAGUCUUUACUCGGUCGUGGGAAGAAAUGCUGAUGCACUUGCGCACUACUUUGGUGAGGAUCCUAACCGUUGUCCAUUUGAACAAGUUACUGCGACCCUAUUGAAUUUCAUAAGGUUAUUCAAGAAAGCACACGAAGAGAACGUCAAGCAAGCAGAGCUGGAGAAGAAGAAAGCUGCAAAGGAAGCGGAAAUGGAGAAGGCCAAAGGAGUCAGUCUCACAAAAAAACCAGUUGAUGAUAGCUGAGGAAAAAAAACUUGAAUAUAAUUUUGCAAAAUCCGCCAGAAUCUCUCUGAGAGAAAGCAAGGUCCAAAGUGGUCUUGUAAAGCCAGAGAAGGCGGUGCUGCUGUUCGAGAAAACCUGCAUGGGGCGUGAAAGUUAAAACAGGCUGGGGGGGGUCCCUAUCGGGAGGGGGGUUUCGCCAGGGCGGGGGCUAUCGAAGAAACCAUUGGAAGAUAAAGAGACAGGUCUUCAUCUCCCUCCACUCACGUUGACAUAUGAUUCCACAUUGAUUUAAUUCUAACAUGUAAAUUAGGAUUCUUUCAUGUUGCUUAAUUUUCCUAACUAGAGGAAUUUUUGAUAGAUUGAAAAUGUUGUAUAGGGUUUUCAGGUAGAUUGAGAGAGAGAAAGAAAGAUGUAGAGCAUUAUUUUAGUGUGUAACUUUGUAUCGUAACGCAACAUCAUUUGUUCUUUUUUAGGAUUCAGAUUUCAGACCAAUGAAGAUAAUACUGUAGUUUGCGAAA